UUAUUAAUAAAAGGCAGAAGGGUGUGUUGUCCAUGCGUAAUGAGAAGUGAGAAAUUGGAAAAGCUGAAAAGCUUACAGUGGCAAAUAUAAAGCGGUAGGAAUCGUGCAGUCCCAUUGAGUCUCUGUUUGGUUGUGACAUGGCGGGUAACAGCUCGGAGGGGUUGGGCGACGAUUUCUUGGAACAGAUCUUAGCAGUGCCGGAAGCUCCGGUGGGUUAUGUGGGCAGAAACGUAGUGAGCGAUGUGGGAGUGUUGCAAUUGGGUUUCAGACCUCUGGGGUUGAAUUUGGAGCAAAGCGGUUUUGUAAGACAGCAACAGCAAGAGGACCUGAAUUCGACAUCCUCAUCAGCCUCUUCGACAGAUAUGCGGGGUUUGUUUUCAGCGUUUGGGCAAAUGCAUAGUCCUACUCUUGCUCCCUCUGUCCGCCCCACGCUGCCUCCUCACCCUCAACUCCACCUCCACCAACAGGUAGCAAAUGUGAACAUUAAUGAUCAUGGCAGUGGAUCCUCCAUCUCGUCUUUAACGGCUUUUCAGGGCCAGGCAGCUGCAGGUCCAGCAUCAAUGGGUGCUACACCGCAACCACCUGGGAUCCGUCCUCGUGUGAGAGCAAGAAGAGGGCAAGCCACAGAUCCCCAUAGUAUAGCUGAGAGGUUGCGUCGUGAAAGAAUCGCUGAAAGAAUGAAGGCAUUGCAGGAAUUAGUUCCCAGCAUCAAUAAGACUGACAGAGCAGCGAUGCUUGAUGAAAUUGUGGAUUAUGUCAAGUUCCUAAGGCUCCAGGUUAAGGUCCUGAGCAUGAGUAGACUUGGUGGAGCUGGUGCAGUUGCUCAGCUCGUGGCUGAUGUACCCCUUUCUGCAGUGGAGGGGGAGGACAUAGAAGGUGGAGGCAAUGAGCAAGCCUGGGACAAGUGGUCCAAUGAUGGCACAGAACAACAAGUGGCAAAACUCAUGGAAGAAGAUGUGGGAGCAGCUAUGCAAUUUCUUCAGUCCAAGGCACUUUGCAUCAUGCCAAUAUCUCUAGCCUCAGCCAUUUUUCGUAUGCCUCAAUCAGAAGCAUCAACAGGCAUCAAGCCUGAAUCAAAUAGCCACUGAUAGAACCGAACAAAAGUAUCAUGACAGACAUUAAUUACAUAAUUUUGUUUAGCCAAAUCUUCCUCCUUUAUGACAAGGGUAUUCUACUUUCUUGUGUGAUUUCCUGAUUGGAUGGAGAAGGAUAUAGUCGGUGCAGAUGUUCACUCUUCUCAAGUUUUGUCAAACUAGGAGUAAUUGUUAUUCCUAAUCAGUAAAACUGGAGGAGCCCAGCAUGUCCUUGUCAUGGUGAAGAUCAAUAUUUUCAAUGGCUUUAUUGAUGUUUUUCUUCCAAAUAUCUGUGGUGGGGUUGGUGGCGGAUGACCAAAAUAUUUGUAGUGGAAGCUCUUUUCUUCGUUUUUGAAUUUUAGUCAGUGGGAAGUGGGACCAAUUAAAAGGAAAGGAUGGGUACGCAUGAUGUAUGUGGAGAAAACUUUAAUGCAAAUUGAAUUAAAAUAUGGUUAGUUACCUUGUAAAGAUGUUUGGAAGCAUCUGACAAUUGGAAAAGCUAAAGGUAUUUUAAAAUAAUCAUACAUGUUGAGAUUUUUGUUUGCUUCUUAAAC